CCAGGUUUCCACACCUCUCCCAGCAGUUACUACUCAUCUCUUUCUCUCUCUCUUUCUCCCUCUCCCCCUAACCCUUUCUUUUGCUUGAAUCGCUCUGUCUUUCUCUUUUUCUUUUACUCCCCCUUGGGUCAAAACUUUUUCACUGGACUAGCUGGGUAGCUGUGAAGGAAAAGAAGGAGCAGUGGUGUGCAAGAGCUUCAGCACCACGGGCAGCGCCUGCUGCAGCCUUGCCCACCCGGCUAAGCUCCUGGACUCCCAGCUCUGAGGAUGCCUGCGGAAUGAUCACCCCCCAGGGCGGCUGCUGCUGCUGGUGUUGCCGUUGUUGCUGCUGCUGCUGCUGCUGCUGCUGCUAUUACUGCUGCUGCUGCCCGGUUCCUGCUGGUGUUGUUUCUGCCACAGCCACUGCUGCUGCUCCUUGCACUCAGAUUCUGGCUGGCAGGCAGAAAGUGCAACUGGCAGGAGAAGGGUCCCUGCAGUGAAAGUGGAGUAGCUGAAUAAAAGAGAGUAAAGAGGCAAAGAAACCCAGAGCAGAAUGCAGGCACCGUCCAACCUCCUCAACCUUCUGCUGCUUUCUUUGCUGGCUGGAUUGGAUCCUUCCAAGACUCAAAUUAGCCCAAAAGAAGGGUGGCAAGUUUAUAGCUCAGCCCAAGAUCCUGAUGGACGAUGCAUUUGUACAGUGGUUGCACCAGAACAGAAUCUAUGUUCCCGUGAUGCAAAAAGCAGGCAACUUCGACAGCUCCUGGAAAAGGUUCAGAAUAUGUCCCAGUCCAUUGAAGUCUUAAACUUACGAACUCAGAGGGAUUUCCAAUAUGUUUUAAAAAUGGAAACGCAAAUGAAAGGAUUGAAGGUCAAGUUUCGGCAGAUUGAAGAUGACCGGAAGACAUUAAUGACAAAGCAUUUUCAAGAGUUAAAAGAAAAGAUGGAUGAGCUCUUGCCCUUGAUCCCAGUCCUGGAACAGUACAAAACGGAUGCCAAGUUAAUCACCCAGUUCAAAGAGGAAAUUAGGAAUCUGUCUGCAGUCCUCACAGGAAUUCAGGAAGAAAUUGGGGCCUAUGACUAUGAGGAACUGCAUCAGAGAGUACUCAGCUUAGAAACCAGACUUCGAGACUGCAUGAAGAAACUAACAUGUGGCAAGUUGAUGAAAAUCACAGGUCCUAUUACAGUCAAGACAUCUGGAACUCGAUUUGGAGCUUGGAUGACAGAUCCUUUAGCAUCAGAAAAAAAUAACCGAGUUUGGUACAUGGAUAGUUACACUAAUAAUAAGAUUGUUCGUGAAUAUAAAUCAAUUGCAGACUUUGUCAGUGGAGCUGAAUCAAGGACAUAUAACCUCCCUUUCAAAUGGGCAGGGACUAACCAUGUGGUCUAUAAUGGUUCCCUCUAUUUUAACAAGUAUCAGAGUAAUAUCAUCAUCAAGUACAGCUUUGACACAGGAAGAGUGCUGGCUCAGAGGAGCCUGGAAUAUGCUGGCUUUCAUAAUGUUUACCCUUACACAUGGGGUGGUUUCUCUGACAUCGAUCUGAUGGCUGAUGAGAUUGGACUGUGGGCAGUAUAUGCAACCAACCAGAACGCAGGCAACAUUGUCAUCAGCCAGCUUAAUCAAGAUACCCUGGAGGUGAUGAAGAGCUGGAGUACUGGCUAUCCCAAAAGGAGCGCUGGAGAAUCCUUCAUGAUCUGUGGGACCCUAUAUGUCACCAACUCUCAUUUAACUGGAGCCAAGGUUUAUUAUUCUUAUUCUACCAAAACCUCCACAUAUGAGUACACAGAUAUCCCGUUCCAUAACCAAUAUUUUCACAUAUCCAUGCUUGACUACAAUGCAAGAGAUAGAGCUCUGUAUGCCUGGAACAACGGACAUCAGGUCCUGUUCAAUGUCACCCUUUUCCACAUCAUUAAGACAGAGGAUGACACAUAAGUGUUGCUUUAUUUUUUAUUUAUUUUUUAAUUUUUCAAUUAUCUUAGUGUCAUUUGUGAUAAACUCUAAAGCAUCUCAUAUUUUUUUCUGUAGUAUGUGUUUUUUUCAUCAUUUGCCAAAAAGCAUUUUAUACUAUUAGAGUGUGUCACAAAAACACCCAAGACUGUCCUAAGAUGACCCAUUGGAAAUGCAUCUUAAUUAUUGGAUCUGCAAGGCGAAUCAUGACCUUGUGUGAAAAGCACUAAAGAGAAUUUGAGUGACUAAAGUCAAGGUUUCCAAAAGAUUAAUGAUCUGCCUUAUAUUUGAGUCAGAGACUAAUGGUGGCUUAAAUGCAUGAAUGUCUUUUUUUACUUCUGUCCUUUUUUUAAUCUGUCGAUUUGUUGCUCCACAUCAGGAAAUAUUUUGGUAGUAAUUGGAAGCAAAAAGAAUACUUUUCCCUCCCAUUCAUUUCUUAAAAGAUAAAAAAAAAUAUUCAAGGAUCUGGUUUACUUGGGAAAAUUAAUGUCCAUCAUUUUGCUGUUACCUAAUUCUCUGAUGCGGUGCUGUAAAGUACAUUUUUAAACCUCUUGCUAACAUUUUACUGGCAAUAUGUAUUUCUACCAUUGUAACCACCAUUGUGCAAUUGUAUCUCUUCACUUCUGUGAAAGUAAACUAAGUACUAUUUUUUAUAAAAUACAUUGAAGUCGAAUUUCAGUGAUGAUUAUGGAUGGGCUUGAAAGGAAUCAAGAAGGUCUCAUGCUCUCAUGUUGGGCCCUUUCUAUAAACACUGUAAACCUUAAAAAGAUAAUGGGAAAAUUAGCUUCCCAUUAAUUCAUUUCAAUUCAAAUGGAUUCAAGAAGUAUUACCUAAUUAUGUAAUACAUGGUAGGCACUGUCUAAGGGAUUCAAAAGCAAAAAUGAAAAAUUACCUCUAGCCUCAAAGAACUUACAGUCUAUUUGGAGGAUAUACAUUAUAUACAUAGGGAAAAAAAUAAUCUCAAAGCAGGAAUUUUACCCUCACUAUAUAUAAUGGAUCAUCAGCAACUAAGAAUAACAAAAGUAGUCCAGCACAACUGGUUUGAUACAAAAUGUAUUGCAUACUAUUCAUUGCAAUUGUCUGAAGAAUCUAUCCAGUCCAAUAAAGUAUGAGUAGAGGAGUAUAGAAUCAUCUGCCUAUCUUACAUAACUCAUUGUCUUUGCUAAAAGAAUUUACCCCUCUCAAGAGAAGAAAAAACCGUCAGUGCUAUUUUCCUAUACUAAAACUCAAAACUUGAAAUUAAUGUAAACAGAAUAACUAAAUUUUAACUAAUAAUUUCAAAGACCAUAGAAUCAUAGAAAUUUGAAAUUGCUAGGGCUCUUUGGGUCCAUUUUACCCAAUUCAUAUCUGACCAAGAAUCUCUUCCAUAACACAUAUGAUAGAUGGUCAUUUAACCUUUACUGGAAGAUCUACCUUUUGGGGAGAGCUGCUACUUUUGAAGGCAACCUUUUAUUCCAGUGUGUGAUAGAUGUAAUUGUGAAAAUCUUCUUUCAACUGUAUAUCACUCCUAAUUUGUCUUUUGGAAUCAAGCAGAAAAAAAUCUAAUCUUCUUUCUGGGUGAUAAGCCCCACACAUACUUUGAGAUGGCUACUAUGCCUCCUUAUAACAGUUAACCAUUUUCAAAAAUACAGUUUUGGAAAACUGACAUAUGUUGCCAAUGGCAAAUAUAAGGUCAUAUUUAUACUAACAAAUAGUGAAUCAUGCAGUUUUAAAAAUAUAAAUGUUAAUUUUUUAAAGGUAACAACUUAAACUAAAGUCAAAUUUCAUCAGCAAAACAAUCAUUUAUGACAUUUUGACCAAAAAAUUAUAGAUGUAAAUCUUUUUGCUUGUAUUCAACUCAUUUUUCAUUCCUCAGUGAAGACUGUAUCCAUACUUAUAUGAGAAUAGCAUAAAUUUCAGUAAAAAAAAAAAAGUCUAAUUUUCAAUUUGGGGCAACUCUGA